UUGGUAUGUAAUAUGUAUGUAUGGCCGUCACUAAUGGAGCUCAAAUAUUUUAUGAAUAAAUUCGGGCAAGUCAACACCGUUCGUUGCCCAAUAAACAAAACGCCAUGAGCUUCAAUCAGACGGCCAAAAGUUGAGGACUUGUUUCUUAGUUCAGCCUGACACAUUCACUCAAUGGAACAUAAAUUUAAGCAAUAUAGGCUAUGUUGGACACCAUUUUCUCUUUCUUCUUCCUCUAUUAGGACAAAGCACGGCGUUUUUGUGAGUUCCUAGUCAGGAAGGCCAGGCAAGUGAAGCAAUAGCAGCCCCAUCAUUUCAGGUUUUCCAACACCGCCUUUUAACUUUUUUUCCUUCCAAUAUUGGCUACUUUUGGAAUCAAAUCGAUCUUCUUUGGAUUCAAUUUUUGGUUUUUCCAAUUCUUCUGGUCAGAUGCAAAACAGCUGAGCUACCUUGGGGCAUCUCAAAUUAUGUCUUUAUCUUUCCCUGUUGGCUCUACCCCUAUUGAAGACAAGUAUACCAAGCUGCCAGAUACUUACCAGGUUUCUUCACAAAGAAAAAUCAUGAUGAAUUCCUCCAUAAGACAGGGUCCUUCGUUAAGUUCCAGUGCUGGGUCUAAUGAGCGAUUCUUUUCAUCACCCUCCAGGUUACCAAGCGAUGUUCAAGAUCCUAUAUCUUCAGUUUCCCCACAUGAAAGACAUUCCCUCCAUUCUCUUGUUCCUCAGUCAAGUGGUGGAAUGCCACCAAUCCAUUCUCCCCUUUCAGAAGGGCAAUCUACAACAUUUAUUGAUCACAUUACAGAAAAUAACGAUAUCCCCUGGUGUCCGAAUUCAAUUCAUGAUUUACUUGAUUUUCCUGGAAUGGUGUCUGUCCCGAAUGAUCAGGUUGAAUCUAGUACUGUUGCUGCAAGAUCUCAGGACCAUAAUCAAAAGAAUGAUUGGCCAGAUUGGCAGAUGAUUUCCAUCAGUGAUGAUCUGGAUCAAUUAUGGCCUGACCUUCCUAUUAGUCGUAAUAGAACAGAUUCCAAACCAGAGGUGUGUAUACAAUCAGUUGAUGCCUCGGUGCAGCAGAUCCAAAAUUAUCAACAGCCUUCACUGCAAUGUAUAGAGCAUGCUACUACUCCUGAUCCAUUGUGUAAUGCAUCCUCAACGAAAUCCAGAAUGCGUUGGACACAAGAGCUUCACGAGGCCUUUGUCGAAGCUGUCAACACACUUGGUGGCAAUGAAAGAGCUACUCCAAAAGGUAUCUUAAAUCUGAUGAAAGUUCCAGGAUUGACUAUUUAUCAUGUAAAAAGCCACCUGCAGAAAUAUAGAACAGCCAGAUACAAGCCAGAACUGUCAGAAGGUAUCACUGAGAAAAAAUCACCAACAGCUGAAGACGUGAGAUCUCAAGAGUUAAACACGAGUAUGGGGAUCACUGAAGCUUUGAGGUUGCAGGUGGAACUUCAGAAGCGCCUCCACGAACAACUUGAGCAUCAAAGAAAGUUGCAGUUGCAAAUUGAAGAACAAGGGAAGUAUCUUGAAAAGAUGUUUGAUCAGCAUAAAAAGAUGGAAACCAAGUACAAGGCUUCUUCGUCAACCUCCCAUGACAACAAGAAUUCAUUAUCAAAUAUAGCACCUCACUCGUCAGAGAAUAACAAAUCCAAAAUUUCAGAAGUGGAUCUCCUCGAAAAAGGAAUCAGCUCGAGUAAUGCUAAGUCUAAUCCGGAUGUAAGUUUCAUAGAUCCAAGUGAGAAGGAAAAGGCAUAUGAUGAAACCGAAACCUGCAAGGAAAACUCUGAUGUUCCACCAACAAAACGAGCACGAUGUGAAUGAAUGGAACAGCAGCGGUAUUGCUUAAAUUUGUUUUUUCAGUUGCACGGUAUCCUUAUGGAGUUCACUGUUGCUGGAGAUGCCAUUUUAAGCCUGGAAAUAGAUUAGAUGAAUGGUGAUAUUUGAAACUGAAAGACCCUUUUUAGAGUUUCAAAGGUUUCUUUCUAAUUCUUAUGUACAGGCCCCUGACAUGUUUGCUUCUUUUUGGAAAUGAAGUGAAAGUCUGGUCUGGUAGUUGAACACGCUCCAGUUUCCAGAUUAACAAUGUCCAAAUAGGCUUUAGUUAUUAUUAUCUGAUUCUGUUCUGUUUUGGUAUCUAUUAUUUAUAAUGAAUCCUCUGUACAGUAUAUGUUGGGAUAUGUUUACUUACUGUUUUGGACUAAAUGGUGUUAAGAGAUUUCUGAAAUCAAAUACCAUGACACUCAAAACGUCUCGGAUUUAUAUUCUAGUGAAAAUAUUUGGUAUUUAUUUAUGAAAA